UGCAUCUAUGAAAUCUAAUAAGCUGUGAUGAAGGAAAUGAAAACGAAAACAAAAAUGUCAAUGUGUUGAGUAUGCAAUCGUGCAUGGUGAAAUAAGGUCAAAAUCUGUGAACAAGACAUCUUCUAUUCGUGUUAAAUUACUUGGCUAGUAGUGUUGAAAACGUUUAGUGCUCAAUUGAUAACAGGUUAUGUUACAAUGAAGAUUUUGUGUGAUUUUAACCGAUUACGUGAAUAACCAUUCUAUUUGUUCUACAAGCAUUGAUGAUGCUUAUAAUUAACAUUGAACAGGUAUACCAACGUGCCAGAUGAAUGGCAAAAGCAUGUCUGAAAAAUUGGGUCUUGGACCUGAGAGACGAGAAUUGAAGUUCGGUUCUAGUUUCCUGAAUGGUAGAAAUACCACAUUUCAUACCGUUAAAUAUGACUUUAAGCCGGCUAGUGUGGACGUCACGAAGCAAGCCACCGUCGAUGUGGCCUCUAAUCACCAGAUAACUGUUACUGUUCCUCAUCUAGAUGGAGCAGGCACUGCUCAAACUGUUUUCAAAGGCUCAGAGCGCCCCUGCCAGAAAGAAUGUGUUCUAAUUAUUGAUAAGUUGACUGGAGAAAUUACAUUGGAAAAGCUAUCCACAUGUAUUCAGUUGAAGAAAACUAGACAACAAUCGGCCAAGCAGCUGCCACAGAGUUCGAACUCGUCGAAUUGGUCAAGUGGCAACCAUGUGGCUGCUGCAGCCUCCUCGGCCGGAGGCAGCAAAAAGUCACACCUGGAGCCGCCCCCCGCCGCAGCACCCCCCUCCGCCCCCGGCCACAGGCGGCAGAGGCAUGGUGGCGGCGCGGGUGGUGGGGGCGGAGGCAGCACUGGCAAACUGCCCAAGAAUCUCUCGGCGCCGAUUCCCCGCCACUCACCACUGCACGCCUCGCCAUCCUACUCGCACUCGCACAAGUCACCGCAGUCGGCCUCCACGGCGGGACUAUCACCUUCGGCCAUUCCUGGUGGAAGUCUUCCUUUAAUUAGUCUGGACGACAUAAGUGAGAGUCACACGAGUGCUCCCCCUAAUACUGAAUGUAUUGCAAUGGAUGUGUCCCACAGUCCAAUUAAUUCGGCCUCACCAUUUCGUCCUGGCAAUGAAGAGGAGAAUAGGUGCGCAGUAGAUAUUCUGACCGACUCAUCGAGUGACUCGUCAAGCGAUGACAGUUCCAUCUCAGAUAGUGACAGCGAAUCUAAUCAUAGCAACAAUGAGAGCGCAAAGUUCAAGUCCCAUAAUAUGAAUGGUCACGUGAAUGGCGUCUCUUCACCUUCUCUUCAAUCUCUUCAAAUGCCUGACAAUUUUCUAAACGAAGAUCUACAGCUUUCAGAAUCAGGCUCUGAGAGUGACUGACACCCAUGACUAAUUUCAAAUCUUUUGGAUGCCUUACCUGGUUUGUAACAACAACAAACUGUAUUUCAGUUGUUGGGAUCAAAAUAAAGGAAUACGCAAAUUGAUAAGUGUUGUUUUGAUUGAAUACUCUGGUAAUUCAAUUACCAUUUUAAUUGCAUCUUACAUUAUUAAAUAAUUUUGUAAAUAUUGUGUCUGUAUAAAAUAAUUAGGUUUAUUAAAACCGAGGCACAACUGACUGAAUUAUUA